AUGGGAAUCCUCGACUUCGUGAGGAGCGACGAGAAGCGCGCCUCCUCGGUUGAGGAUGAGCGUGUCGUCUCCCAUGGCGAGGUCGGCGAGGUGGAGGAAGCCGGCGACGACCUGCACCGUGGCAUGAAACCAAGACAGCUGAGUCUGAUUAUCGGGUCUGGAACUGCGCUCAAGAACGGAGGCCCCGGAUCCAUGUUGAUUGGAUACAUCCUCAUGGGUUUCAUCGUCUACAUCGUCAUGGUGGCGCUUGGUGAGAUGGGCGCGUGGCUGCCACACAAGAAGAGUUUCUCGGGUUACGCCUCUCGCUUUGUUGAUCCGGCACUCGGCUUUGCAACUGGAUGGAAUUACUUCUUCAAAUACGUCAUCGUCUUGCCGAACAAUCUGACAGUGACGGGUAUUCUCAUCAGCUACUGGCGGCCUGACCUCAACGUCUCGAUCUGGAUCGUCGUCUUUGGUGUGGCCAUUAUUGCACUUAAUCUCCUUCAUGUCAGCUUCUUCGGUGAGGCAGAGUUCUGGAUGUCCCUGCUCAAGGCCAUCGUCAUCUGCGCGCUGAUCCUGAUCUGCUUCAUCAUUGCUCUUGGGGGUGGCCCAGACCACCACCGAAGGGGUUUCCGAUACUGGCAGGACCCAGGUGCAUUCAAGCAGUACAACGGCAUCGAAGGAGAUCUGGGCCGUUUCCUUGGUGUCUGGGCCUCCAUCGUGCAGGCAACCUUCGCCUACCUCGGCACCGAGCUGGUCGGUGUCGCAUUCGGCGAGACGCCCAACCCCCGCAAGAACGUGCCCCGCGCCGUGAGGCAGACACUGCUGCGUAUCGUCUUCUUCUACGUCGCCGGCGUCAUCAGCCUGGGCAUGGCGGUUCCUUACAACAACCAGAGGCUCAUCAGCGACACCAAGACAACGAGCGGCGCCGCGUCCCCCUUCGUCAUCGCGGCCAAGAUCGCGGGUAUCGGCAAGCUGGACAGCAUCAUCAACGCCUUCCUGCUCGUCUUCACCGUCUCCGCCGCCAACUCGGACAUCUACCUCGCCGCGAGGACCAUCUGGGCCCUGGCCAAGGACGGCCAGGCCCCUGCCAUCUUCCACAAGACCAACAGCCGCGGUGUCCCCACCGCCGCGGUGGCCGUCUCGUCGCUGUUCAUCGCGCUCGGCUUCAUGAACGUGACCAAGGACGCCAGCACGGUCUUUGGCUACUUCGUCUCGCUGGUCACCGUGUUCGGCGCGCUGAACUGGAUCUCGAUCCUCGUCAGCUACCACUACAUGCUGCAGGGGAUGAAGGCUCAGGGGAUCCCGAGGAGCGUCAUGCCGUACCGCAACCCGCUGCUGCCCUGGGGAGCGUACAUCGCGUUCGUGAUCACUGUGUUGGUCAUCAUCUUCAACGGAUUUGCCGCGUUCAUGCCAUUCAAGAUUGACAAGUUCCUGACGAGCUACAUCGGAAUUCCUGUGUACGUUCUCAACGUCUUCUGGUGGAAGAUUUUCAAGAAGACCAAGAAGGUUCGCCCUGAGGAGAUGGACCUGCAGACGGGACGACGAGAUGGUUAA